CCGACUCCGAGGACCUCUCUUACCACCUCAAUCUCGCCGAUUUGUCUUUUAGACCUUCUGGCUCGCGUGUGUAGCCAUGCUGGUCGUGGCUUGAGAUUAGUUGCCGAUAUUUAUUGGGGUUCUCUCGAUUACGGAUGAGUCUUGCAGCGCAAGCUCCCAAACACGCGAUCAAGAAGUGAAAGAAGCACAAUUAUGAGCCACUGAUUACUUGUUAUCUCUCCUAGCUCUUGAUUAUAUGUGUAUCGGUUAUACUGUACCUGGUUAAACCCAUGCUCAGUUGAUACAGAAGACUAACAGACCUUUAACAUCCCACCAUGUCUUACAAUGCGAAGAACCUUGCCUAUGAGGCAAAGGAACCAGCCUUUCUACAGAAACUAAAGGGCCAGUAUGGCGAUACGUCUGGUCGCCUCCAACAACCGAUCUCCCGACCUCGCCGACCGAAAGAUGACACCGGUGAUGAUGACGCGCCUACAUAUGUCGACGAGGAAAGCAACGAAGUCAUCUCCAAAGAGGAAUACGAGGCCAUGGUUCGCGGGGGCGCUCCGAAGGAAGAGGAGUCUGGCGAGAAGACGGCCGACAGAGAAAACCCCUCCGGGGGUGACGAAGAUACCCAAUACAAGACCGAGAAGGAUGGGCCCUCGUCGAAACAAAACCUAGCUGAAAUCGGAGGUCAAAAGAAGCGAAAACAAGCCAAGGUCAUUGGUGAAGAUGCGCCUGAGGCGGAGACCGAGGAAGCACAGCCCAAAGAGCCUGCGCCUCGAAAAUCCAAGCAGAAGAAGAAGAAAAUCAAGCUCUCGUUUGAUGAGACAUGACUCAGGAUACUCGAAGCGGCUAUAUAUUGAUAAAUAAUGCAUGUAAUGAUAUAUACUCCGUACUGCCCAUCUAUGACUUUGGGCUCUAUUGAGUC